UGCAUCAUCCUCUGAGAUGUUGCAAAUAUCUCAGUUUGUAAUAUUUACCUUUGUUCAGUUCGUUCGUUUCGUUUAGUAAUACUCACAGUGGUGAGUAAUCUCUUUAGCACUGAUAUUCAUUAUCAGCACAUCUUUAGUAAUGGCACUGCCAAACAACCGUAACCCUGUAGGCAUACGAAGACUCAGGGCCCACAGUAAAGCAUCGUUUGUAGCUACGCACGUAUGGUUAGUGAACCCAGAUAUCGUUCCUACUACUCGUGAGAUUCAACGCCGCAUCGUACACCUUACACAGAAAUACCAGUGGGCUGUGCAGCUCACAGAAGAGCUUAGGCAGCAAGACCAGAACGAGUCCGGUGAAGAUGCUCGAUUACUAGAAGGUACCUUUUCUAGAUUAGUUACUCAGUUAGAAAACUGCAAUUCGAAGCAAGUCGUGUGUGUGUGUCCGUGCUGCAAGAAAGCACACACACUACAACACUGUGAAACGUUCACCAGUCUGUAUCCAGCUACCUCGGCAGUUACGUCGUUAUCAGUAGCUUCUUUCACCGCAGACUGGUCUCUGGCAUCUCCGCCAACCGCAUCAUUGCAUCCAGCUUCUCUGCCAGCCUCAUCUGUACCUCAGUUAGAGCAACGUAAUACUUCCAGCAAGAUCGGAGCUGCUAGUGGUAUGCAGUCAUCAGUUUCCAGCACAGAUUCCACUGCUCAGUUAACUGUUUCUUUACCACAGAAUCCGGCCGAAUGUUCGCUAACGUCCGCGCCAUACUCUCUUCAGAAUCCGGCCGAAUAUUCAUCAAUAUCCGCGCCAUACUUGCGACAGAAUCCAGCGAAGUGUUCCAAUACGUUCGCGCCGCUACUUACUCAGUUUCCAGCUACUCAGCUGGCCGUACCUUUACUUCAGCUUCCGGCCAAGCGUACGAACACGUUCUCGCCGUCACUCCUAAAGUUCCUUGCACCUCUACCAGUUCUGGAAGUCUCUGCGCGAGCUGUGCUACCAGUAGGCGCACCCGCGGCUCCAGUUUCAGCACUCUCAGCACCAGUACCAGUAUCCACGCAUGAUGCGCUCGUGAUCACGCGCGCUUUACCAGUUCCAGCUCUCUCUGCGGCUGUGUCAGUUCCACAAAUCCCUCUUCAAGAUGCGCUACCAGUAACCGAGCUUGCGGCUCCACUUUCGGCACUCUCUGCACCGUUUCCAGUAUUUGCGCGUGAUGCGCUUGCCUCCGCGCACUCGCCGCUAGUUUCCAUGCUCUAUACCCCAGUUUCAGUCUCCGCGCACGGUGCGCUCAUCAACGCUCACACAGUACCAGUUCCCAAAUUCUCCGCGCAAGAUGCGCAACCAGUAGCUGCGUUCAUGGCUCCAGUUCUGACGUUUGCUGCGCAAUUUUCAGCGCAGGCGGCGUCAAUUUCAGCGAAUGCUGCGUCAGUUUCCGCACUCUUUGCUCUAGUACCAGUACCAGUGUGCAAUGGGCCAAUCACCGCGCGCACUGCACCCGUUUCGGCGCUUCAUGUGCCUGUACCAGUUACCGCAGUCACCUUGGAUGCAUCAGACACGUUUAGCACACCUCUCCACCCAGGCAUCAUCUCCGCAUUCACCAGCACAGUUUCCGGUAUCCGUACCUCGCCUCCUGCGCUCAUAUCCGCGCUCACAUCUCCGUUAGAAGUACCACAGGAAGCGCCCGCUUCGGCGGCGGCCACAGCAACCCUUUCCGCACCUAGGACACCAGUUAGCCGCGCAAUCACUGCGCCAGUCGACGCGUCAUCGAACGUAGUAGCUCUUAGUACCCAGAAAGCAACGCAUCUGCCUUACAUAGUGGCUUCUGAUGCAUCCACCGCGCCUCUCCGCACACCUGUUCGCUUAGCCAGCAGUGCGGCUGUCUCAUUAUUCGCCAGUACAGUUUCCAGCACCAGUAACUCGUCUCCAACGCUCAUAUCUGCAAUCACAGCUGCGCCAGUAACUGCUCCAGCAAUGUCUGCAUUGUCGGCUAAAUCCGCAGCUCAUCCAGUACCACACAGCAUCGUCUCUACAACAGUAACAACGCCGCAGUCAGAGUCAGCUUCGUUGGCAACAUUGGCACCGCGCACCGCGCCAUGGAGCAUCCUUUCCGCCACAUUCGCGCAAUCAUACGCGCCUCUGGCACAAAUAACAGCGCAUCCGCCUCUCUUGGCAGCACCUGACACAUUUCCCACACAUCUCAGCUCGAAUAACUACUCCGCACCCAGUACAGCAAUCGCCGCAUUCGCCAACAUUGCUUCCGGUAUCAUUUCCGCUCCAGUAGCCGCGCCAGCAGCGUCCGCUUCGGCGGCGGCAUCUGUAAUGCAUCUUGAAGUUAACAGCAUCGUUUCUGUGCUAUCAGAGUGCUCACACGCACUCCUGAUGCCAAUAGCCGCAGCCAAUUUAUCAUCAGAGUCCGUAGUAGUUUCUACAUCGCCCUCAGAUCUGCAGGUGGUCGUUUCCAAGACCUCCACGCUCUCAUCUGCGCCGUCAGUUCACUCAGCUUCGCACAGACACGCACCUACUCGAGCCACGUUUGCCUUGGAUCCAGCGGCGCCUGGUUCCGCACCUUUAACGCAUCCUAUCAUACAGCCAGCUUCUCACUCAUCCUCAGUGAAGACACAGGCGGCAUUUGACGCGCCUCCCUUCGCUGUCUCCAGCGUAAGCACAACUCUAGUGCUAUACAUGGCAUUUGCCACAUCUUCGGAUUUCACAGCUCAGUCAGCAACGAAUUGUAAAAAGAUUCAUCGCCAGUUUUUAACACAUUUGUUUCCUAGAUUUUUGCCAGUAGCCACUUCUACAACCUUGCGCCAUACCUCGCAUUCGUCGCGCAUUUUCUCCGCUUCAGCAGUCAGUCUCACACCUACCGAUGAACUCGCUUCCGAACACAGCAUCGCGCAUCCCUCUUGCGCCUUCUCAGCCUUGACAAACGUUCCAAUGCUACGCUCCGCGCCUUCCACGCCAAGUUCAGCGCUUCCUGCGCUCCAGUAUGCGCUUCUAGCUUCAGCAAUUGUAGUAGCAUCUGUAUCCGCGCGAGCAUUUGCGCUAUCCCCACCUGCAUCAGUAUGCGCAACGCUGGUCCCAGUUGCAGCGGCGCCUGCCUCCGCAUCCGUUUUCAAGCUAGUGGCGCGAGUCUCCGCUCAAGUGAGCAUCACUGCGCCCUUUGCAUCAGUUCCAGUGUCCUCAGCCUCAGUAGCUGCACAAUGCGCAUCGGUACCCGUUCCAAGGAGCGCAUCAGCAGCAACCAGUUUGGCGCUCACUAAGCCAGCUUUAGCUGCGUCUGUUUUUGCGGCUAGUUUGGCGCCAUCUGCGCCAGUUUCCGCUCCAGAGAGCGCCACUACUGCGCCUGUCUUCGCCUCCAGUUCAGCACUUAUCACGUCAGUAGCCGCGCAAUACGCGCCAGUUUUAGCAUCAACCCUGCUCACCUCCCCAUCAUCUACGUCAUCCUCCGCGCAAGCCGCACUCGUACCCGCUCCAAUGAGCGCCACAUCGAAUAGCAGCACAUCUAGCGAUCAGACAGCAUCGUAUCCAUUCGCAGCGGCGGCGGCAGUGGCAUCUGCUCCGCCUCUCAGCUUACCGCUCCUCUUCUCGCUGAAGCAGUCCCAGUUGCACCGCUCUACAUUUUCAGCACAUCACCAGACAAGGAAAGAGAUGCCCUCAGCGGCGGCGGCACUUGGUACUACGUCAUAUCAGCACGUUUUAGCGCAUCCGGCUAUUUUUAUGCCACCUAUCAAGCAGAAUAAAGCAACGUUAUCCCCUUCCACUGAGCUCUCAGCUUCAGCUAUUUUGGCGGUACUCAUCAUGCUCGCGACACUGCUUUUUGCAGCGUUUUCUGCCGCUCCAGCUUCCGUCUCAACUUCAGAUUGGACCUCCACAAGUCUUCAUGUUGCUCCGCAUCUACUCAGCACAGCAGCUGACUCGUCCGCCUCAGUCCUCAUGGCUGUUCUUGAUCAAGUCGUCACUCUGCUCUCUGUAGCGCAUUCAAUCCGCAUGGCACCCGUUUCACCACCAGAUUUGGCCACAGAAGGCCUCUAUUCAAUUUCACACUCACUCUUCAUUUCACCGCUGUUUUACGGCGCCAAGCUUUUCCAGUCAAAAAAGAAACGACAGCGACCUUUCCCUCGAGUUCGCGACGCUCAGUUCACCGCCUCGGCUCCCAGGUCACUCCACUCAAGAGACCAGCUCGAUUUCAAGGACUUUUCCGAGUUUUCCGACGCUUUCAGCGCCGCGGCGGCGGGAUGUUCACGCGAAAUACGCGUUUUUACCGAGCGAACGUUGCAGCUAAAAAGAAAAAAAAAAACCUUUUUCGCGAUGUACACGAUCGAUUUCAUAAUUUGCGCGAUUUUCUUCUCGUUUAUUUACUUAUAUUACCUAUUUAGAAACAUUUACUCUUAUUUCGAACGAAAUGGUAUCCCGUACGUUAAACCUGUGCCCUUUUUUGGCAACGUUGCCGAAUGGAUUUUGAUGCGGAAAUCAUUACCAGUGAUACAUUUCGAAUUAUACAAGCAACUGGAACCUCAUCGGUUCGGCGGAGUAUAUUUAGGAUGGAAACGGACGAUCCUAAUCAGAGAUGUUGAACUAGUGAAAAAUAUCUUGGUCAAGGACUUUGGUUAUUUUCGCGAUCGCGGAAUCAAACGAGAUCCACACGUUGAUAUAUUGAGCAGAAAUUUAUUCAUGAUGAGAGGCGACGACUGGAAAAAUCUCAGAAUCAAACUCACCAGCACCUUCACCUCAGGCAAAAUGAAAGUGAUGUUUCCUUUAGUUAAAGAAUGUGGUGGAAAAUUACAUUCCAUAUUAGAAGAAAUGGCCGACAAAGACGAGUUCCUCGUGAAAGAUGCAUGUGCUCGUUUCACUACCGAUGUAAUCGGAAGCUGCGCUUUCGGACUGGAGAUAAAUUCACUCGAGAAUCCGGAUUCAGAAUUCAGAAAGAUUGGAAACCGAGUGCUCAGUCCAAAGUCCAAUUACAAAUCAAUUAUACGACACGUGUUUCCUUUUUUGACAAAACUUUCAAAAAACUUGGCAGUCGAUACCACCAUACAAAACUUUUUCAUAAAUCUAGUCCGAGAAACCAUCCAGUAUCGUGAACAACAUAAAAUCGUCAGAGGAGAUUUUCUCGAUCAACUCAUCAGUCUUAAAAACGAAACAAACUCGCAGAAGACGCAAGAUAAGCAAGGGCAAGCUGAUUUGGACAAGUUUUUAGGUCAAAUUGGAGAAAAACACGCCAACAAUAACGUAGAAAUGACACCAGAAUUAAUGACUGCACAAAGUUUCAUAUUCUUUGUGGCCGGAUUCGAGACCUCUUCAAGUACACUGAGCUUCAUGCUGCUUGAAUUAGCCCAACAUCCGCACAUACAAGACAAACUUAGACAAGAAAUCAGAAGCGUUCUCGAAAAUAACGACAACCAAUUGACUUACGAGAUUCUUAAAGAGAUGAAAUAUUUGGAUAUGGUUAUAGCAGAAACUCUUCGAAAAUAUCCCAUCACUGGAAAUCUAGUCAGAGAAUGUACCAAAGGGUAUAAAAUACCUGAUUCAAAAAUUGUCCUAGCUGAAGGCACGCCCAUCAUAAUUUCCAUACUGGGAAUCCAUCACGACGCAAAAUACUACGAAAAACCAUACGAAUUCUACCCAGAACAUUUCACAGAAGAAGCCCAAUCCAAACGACCAAACUACGCUUAUUUACCUUUUGGCGAAGGACCCAGAAUAUGCAUAGGUGAACGUUUUGCCAAAAUGCAGAUCAAAGUGGGAGUUGUGAACUUACUGAAAGAUUUUUCAUACACUUUAUCUCCGAAAAUGAAACUUCCCGCAGAAUUUACUCACGGAGUCACCAUAAAUGAUGUCAAAGGAGGCAUCAGAUUAAGAUGUCAACAAAUUUGAAAACAAACGUCAUUACGUAGCGGUAUCGCGGUACAUAAAUAUGUAGUGAAUAUUUUUAUAAUCAAGUAGGUACGUGUAUUUUCUCAAGUAAAUCUUGAAAUAAA